GAGGGGGAAGAGUUAAAAACAGUCCCCUACAAAUGGGGCAAAGAGCUUGUGUGUAUCUUCUAGAUUAGAAGGUCACCACUACAACCUCUUGGAAUAUUACAACACCGUGCUAUCUCUUGUGAGUCGGUACAAAGGCCGGCACUCAACCAAGUAGAUCAGGGAGCCCACGAGCAGAAGGACUGGAGGCUGAGCUGUGAGCAGAAUUUUGAAUUUCGGUGAAGAUGAGUGAAAGUAUGGAAGAAUGUGAGGUGCGAGAGAGAAAGAAACAAUCCAAUGAAAACGUUGCACAAACUGCUGCAGAAAAUGGUCUUGCCAAUCAUGGCAAUGACACCGAUAAUCUAAUUGCCUGGAAGAAGCAUUUUGAGGAUAUGAAAGUAGAAUUAUUGGAUCAGUUCAAGGAUCACCUGACUGAGCUGCUAGACAAAAGCAUAGAAGAAUACAUUGAGUCCUAUUCACAGUAUAAACAAGUGACAAAGUCCCAGGAGUCAGGACAAAGAAACAGGGGAAAGAAAAAUGCAUCGGAGAAAGGAAAAGUCUUUGUGAAUCGACGCUCGAUCCUUGACGAACUGUUUGAGAGUCCUCACAUUCAGACAAUAUAUCACAUGUUCAUCGCUCUGCUGAUUGUGUUCGUCGUCAGUACGAUGGCAGUUGAAUUCAUUGACGAGGGCAGGCUAAUACUUGAAUUUGACCUGCUGGUUUAUGCUUUUGGUCAACCGCACAGAGUGCUUUUUGCCUGGCUCUGUCUCUUCCUGUACACUCUGAUUGUGCCCUACAAAGCUCUGGAUACGUGGGGAAGCUCGUAUCACCUGGUCAGAUAUCCUCGCCUCUCCACUCUGAUCUUCGGGUUGGUGCUUAUGCUGUGCCAAGUCUGUGUCCUUGGAUUCUAUCCCAUCUACACGGUCAUUCACUACGAGCUGCCUCCGGCCUCGAGGUUUAUUGUGAUACUGGAGCAGAUUCGUUUAGUGAUGAAGAGUUACUCUUACAUACGAGAAAACAUUCCAAAAGUACUGAAAGCAAAACCAUCAGAAGGCAAAGAGCUUCAGAUGCCAACGCUCUCCUGUUACCUUUACUUCUUGUUCUGCCCUACUCUCAUCUACCGAGACUCCUAUCCCAGGACUCCAAGGAUCAGAUGGAAGUAUGUGGCUCUGAACUUUGCUCAGGUCCUUGGCUGCCUCUUCUACUUUUACUUCAUCUUAGUGAGGCUUUGUAUCCCGGUGUUCACCAACAUGAGCAAGCAGCCUUUCAGCACCAAGACACUCGUUCUGUCCAUAUUCAACUCCACGUUACCAGGCACCUUCCUACUGCUGCUGUUCUUCUACGCCUUCCUCCAUUGCUGGCUGAACGCCUUUGCUGAGAUGCUCCGUUUUGGCGAUAGAAUGUUCUACAAGGAUUGGUGGAAUUCCACUUCCUUUGCCAACUACUACCGAACGUGGAACGUGGUGGUUCAUGACUGGCUCUACUGCUACACCUACACGGACUUCCUUUGGAUACUUGGUAAGAGGUUUCGCGCGGCUGCGAUGCUCUCAGUCUUCAUCCUGUCCGCCGUGGUGCACGAGUACGUCCUGACCCUGUGCCUGGGCUAUUUCUACCCAGUUAUGUUCUGCCUCUUUGCCUUCAUUGGAGUAUUCUUCAAUUUCAUUUUCAACGACAACAGAACAAGUCCUAUCUGGAACAUCAUGAUGUGGGUUUUCCUGUUCAUUGGUCAGGGGAUCCAAGUGUGCCUGUACUGCCAGGAAUGGUACGCUCAGAUACACUGUCCUGUCAAAGAGAGAACCUUUUGGGAACUGGUCACACCCCGGUCCUGGUAUUGUCAACUAGAAGCUUAACCACGGUCGUAACUUAUUGCCCGAUAAUAAAUCUGUUGUUCUUUGAUCAGUUUGCGAGAGGGAUGGGGGAGUUAUUAAUUUCUGAUUCCAUGAUAUUGUUCUAUGUUAUUUAUGUCAAUCAAUAAUUUCCAUCGUCCAUUGAGCUGUACACUGACCCUGCCCCUCGUCUAUUGCAGAGGCAUCUCCUCCAGAUCUGCUCCACCCAUUCUCCUUCUCUCAGUUUACAAGGAGCCCAGCUACCCAUAGAGCAAACAGCAGGUCCGAACUCCCCUUUCACCUCUUCACUGAAAGAACUCGCUCCGGCCAAGGCAAUAUCCUCGGUAUCCUGAACAAGGAAGGCUCCCCAAAAACAGCCAUUAGGUUUGAUCCAGGGGUACUUCCCUGUACAUAGCAUAGGAUUGAGCUCAAUUGCCAUUCCCACGUGGUCAGUCAUCUGACCUGCACAGGAAUGACUACUUAGUGAGAUAGUGGAGUGUGGAAAGCCUGUAAGGGCCAGGAAAGCAUGAACCCAGGUGAGAGACAGUGAAAGCCUUGAGCAUUAUUCCUCCUCCAGAUGAGACAUCCCGGGGAACUGUGACAUGCGCGAGAAGUGGGGCUCCUCAGGGAUUGGCUAUAGCAGAUUACCAGCACGUUUCUCAAGGCAAAGUCUGGUGGAUACCUAUUAAUAAUAAUACCACAGAUUUCAAAUAGUAUAAACUUAAUAAUCAAAUGCAUAUCAAUUCCUGUACUUUGAUCGAAGGUUAUCAAUAUGUUUUGAAUAUGUUCUUGAAAAUGUUUUGCUUGUUGCCACAGGAUAUUAUGUGAAUAUAAAUUCUCCAGCUCUCACAAUUCUUGUGUUUUUUUUCUGGGAAUGUUAUGGCAGGUGCUUUUCUCUUCACACCUAAUUAGUUUUUGUCAAGCCACUCCUCCAGCUCAUGGCUGCAUCGGAGGAUCAUGGCAAAUCCGUCUCAGAUCUUGGUGACAGGGCAUGUUUGGACCAGGUGGAGAACGUCCUGGGUUGGGGCACCACAGGGGCAAGCUGUGGUUAUGUUGAAAAGUUGGCUUGAUUCAUGAUGAAGCCUGGCAUCUUGUCCACAACCGUUCCAACAUGGGUGGCCCUGAGCUGGCAUUGCCUGAUGGAGUCCUUGAAGCACACGAGCCUCCACACGACAUCAAUGAGUUGAUCCGGGUCACGGAGGUUACUGGGAAUAAAGAAAAGGAAUAAAAAACAGAAAGUGCUGGGAACACUCGGCAGGUCAGGCAGCAUCUGUGGAGGGAGAAAUGGUCCAUGUUUUGGGUCACGGUUCAGGAGUAGGGUUAUGCUGCAAGAGCUCCCACUGCUGGCAGCUGCACAAACUCAUUCACAAAGCCAAUUGUGGACAGGCAACUCGCAUACGGCCUCUGUCUGACUCACAGCUCCAGCCUAUCUCUCACUAUAUAUCAGCAGAGAGAGAGAGAGAGAGGAUGAUGUGUGUUGGGGAGAAGUAGAGGAAGUAGAGAGAAGAGAGAGGAGUAGAGAGAUAGAGAGGUGGGGGGGAAUAGAGAGACAUAGGGAGGUAGUGAUAGAUGAGAGAGAGGGAGUGAUGUAGAGAGAGGGAGAGAGACACACACAAGCAGAGAGAGGGUGGGGAGAGAGAAGAUGUGAGAGGUCUGUUCUGGAUGGCCUUUCACUUUGAGCAUGCCAACUGAUUGACUUCAAUGAUUUACCAAAGUUCACAAAUUCACCUACAAGAUUAUAUUGCUGGUGUUAGGGAGUAUUCUGGAGUUAUAUGAUUAUCAUCAUCAUUAUGUGCCAUGUUGGUAUGACAUGGGUGAUCAAGGUCCCACGACCAUGAUUGUUCUUGGCAAAUUUUCUGCAGAAGUGUUUUGCCAUUCCCUUCUUCUGGGCAGUGUCUUUACAAGAUGGGUGACCCCAGCCAUUAUCAAUACUCUUCAGAGAUUGUCUGCCUGGUAUUAGUGGUCGCAUAACCAGGACAUGUGAUAUGCACCAGCUGCUCAUACAACCAUCCAUCACCUGCUCCCAUGGCUUCAUGUGACCCUGAUGGGGGGGCUAAGCAGGUACUACACCUUGCCCAAGGGUGACCCGUAGGCUAGGGGAGGGAAGGAGUGCCUUACAUCCCCUUUGAUAGACACAUAUCUGCACCCACCACCCACAAAUAUAGCAAAUAUUAAUUAAUGCAAGAACCAGUUUUCAGUUCUUAUUGUAAAUUGCAAGCAGUAAAUUGAAGUUAAAUUGGCCUACAAACUAAGAGAUUAAUUUGCAAAACGAUGACCAUGAGACGUUUGCAUGUGCAAGAGCCAAAUAUGAAGACAAUGGGGUUGUGUUAAUUGGCCUGCAGCAAUCCAGUCAAUAUGGCCUAAGUUAUUUGCACCAUCAUGAGUUCAAGCUGGCAAAGCAGACUGAUAUUGUCACUUAGCAUAUCAAACAUGGUUACAGGUAUAACCAAUCAAUACUUUUGUGUACUUAGACACAGCACUGACAACAUUAAUUUUGGGUGUCUGGGAUUUCGGCCCCCAGAAGUUUAAGAUUAUUUGUGUGAAUUAUUUUGUGAUAAAGGUGUCUGAACAUUUAGAGGUGUCUCCCACUGUAGAUAUGUAAUUCAAAAGAAGCAUUAUUGACCUAAAAUAUUGAAGGACACAAUGUCAUUGUAACUAUUGAAUUUAUAUUGAAUAACCCACUGUUAACUUUGAUCUUAAGAGUAAAGAAAAUGCAGUGUACUUUUGGGUUUGUGAGCCUCUACUCAGAGUGCCUUCAUGAGAAUGCCUGCUUGCUGUGAUGAAUAAAGACUUCUGUAUUACCA